AUGUCCUUGCAGCUAAUCGAGGACCUUUCCCUUCGACAUGAUGCUAUGAUGAUUCGAAUGGUAGACUAUGUCAGGAUGUAUAAGCUUCUGAAUUCGAAACCACUACCAACCGUCUUCGAUGAUUCCAUUACAGACGACAUGCUGCAAUCGGGUUCAUUGCCAAUUGAGAGGCUUCGUGAUAUGAAUACCUAUCAAGGAGAAUUGAUCCAGUCCUUCGACGACUUUAUCCAAUCUGUGCAGUCCGCUGAGGCAAUUAUUCAGGACCGUCUUGAUUAUGGUCUUGAGAACUUGCGCAGGAUACACGAGGAACUGGUUGCCAAGAAAGGAGAAAACAUGGAAACUGAAGAUUGGGUUUUUGGACAGUGA